GUUACAUCGAAGAGUAACAUCUAUAGAAACAUAUAUGUUUUUAGUUUUAGGAUAUUCUCAGUGACCCAAGCAGAAGACAAACAAAAAAAAAAUAAAAUUAAAUGAGAAUUAUAACGCGUCCGUCUCUUCGUUUGUAUAUCUGUGGCGCGUUUUGGUUCAUACGCGGUUCAACAAACACCCAAUGUGGCGCUUGAACUUGGAAGGUUAUGGAUUGAAGCUUCGGGGUGUGGCAUCAUAUUGCGAUUUAUAAAAUAAAUGGAAUAUUGUAUUCCUGUAUAAUGACGAACAAACUUGUUUUCUGAAUGCGACGAGGCCAAGAAAUCCUAUUUCAACGGUGUAGGUGGUGUCUUAAAAAUUUCAACCACUGCCUGGAAAUUUGUACAUCAAACAAAACAAAAAUUGAUUUAAUAUAUUCCAGACGAUAUUGCACUUUUAACCGUACAUUUUAUGAUCUGAUUAAUGCUUAAAUGAAAUAAUAUACAUUUAAACAUGUCUAUGAUAUUUUUCAAUUAAUUUGCAUAUUGACACGUAUUUAUGUGUAACAUUGGCACAAGGUAGUUGAUUGUUACUUGAUAGGAUACGGUCCAUGAAAUCACGUGUAUUAAAGUCUACGUGGGAUGUUGGGCGCUAUCACCCCCACGAGCUCCCACGAGUAUACCGAAAUGUCUCGAUUAGCCGACUACUUUGUUGUGGUCGGCUACGACCACGAAAAAGAGAGAGGUGGUAUAAGUAAUGGAAUCAUUUUACAAAGAUUCCCUGAGAAAGAUUGGCCAGAUACACCAUUUAUAGAAGGAAUAGAAUGGUUUUGUCAACCACAAGGAUGGGCCUUAUCAACAGAAAGACAAGAGCCAAGGUUUUUUGUAUCCAUUUUAACUGACAUCGAUGCAAACCGUCAUUACUGUGCAUGCAUGUGUUUUAAUGAAACUAUAUCUAUUGUGCCAAGUAAGCCUGUAGAUGAAGAAGAAGAUCCUGUAGAUGGUGAUAGUCGUUCUUUGGUCAGAACAAUGCCAACAAUUACACAUCACAGCAUCAUGUAUGCACCUAAAUGUCUGGUGCUGGUUUCCAGACUUGAUUACAUUGAAACAUUUAGAAAUUGCCUUGGUAUUAUAUACACAGUGUACGUAGAAAAUCUUGGUAUACCAUUAGAAACUUUGGUAGGAAACAUAUUAGGUUGUAUACAAGUACCACCCGCUGGUGGACCACAAGUAAGGUUUAGCAUUGGUGCAGGUGACCGUCAAGCACUUCAACCUCCAAUCAGUCCUUCUCUUCCAAUUACUCAUAGUAGUGUAAACCUUUUAUUUCAACAAUUAGGUAUUCGUAAUGUAUUAGUAUUAUUUUGUGCUGUCAUGACAGAACACAAAAUACUCUUUCAUUCUGCAAGUUACUCACGAUUAACCGAAGGAUGUCGUGCUCUUACUGCACUAAUGUAUCCAUUUAGAUAUACGCAUGUUUACAUUCCUCUCUUACCAGCAGCUUUAGUGGAAGUACUCAGUACACCUACUCCAUUUAUUAUGGGUGUACACAGUUCACUAAAAUAUGAAGUUGCAGAACUUAUGGAUGUAAUUGUUGCUGAUUUAGAUGGAGGGUCUAUAAUGGUUCCAGAUGGAGUUUCACUUCCACUCCUUCCUGAACCACUUCUUUCGCAAACACAAGAUGCAUUGUCUUUAGUAUUGCAACCAGAAUUAUCUUGUGCAGAUUAUGCUUUUCCACCGCUUGCAACACGAGCCCCACAUUCACCUAUGUUAGACAAGGAGUUAAGAGCAGUUUUUAUGCGAACCUUUGCUCAAUUGUUGCAAGGGUACAGAAGUUGUCUGACAUUAAUAAGAAUUCAUCCAAAACCUGUUAUAACAUUUCAUAAGGCAGCAUUCUUAGGAGAACGUGGUUUAACGGAUUGUGAUUUUACAACUAGAGUGUUGGAUUGCAUGUUUUUUACUUCAUUUAUUGCAGAAAGGGGACCACCUUGGAGACCUUGCGAUGUAUGGGAUGAAUUAUACAAUAACUUGAGCGAUCAAUUAAAACAAGAAGCACAAGAUAAUAGACUCAUUUUAACGCAUAUUCAAGAAUUAGCACAACAAUUAUAUACAAACGAAAAUCCAAAUCCUCAGCCGUACGUACAAAAAAUUUUGAAACCACCUGAAGGAGCAUUUGCCAGAAUACACCAGCCACUUUUACCACGCAUUAAUUCAGAACAAGUUCAAGCGAUUAUAGAUGAAGGUCUUGCAAAAAAUAAUCUUAAAGUCAGAUUAUCAUCAUUAAGACCAUCACAACCUCGCAUUGUACCAAUGGGUCCACACAUUUCAUUUGUCCAUGACACUAGACAUUUGGUUAGCAAUUCUGCACGUAGACUCGAAGUUCUACGUAAUUGUAUAAAUUGUAUAUUUGAAAAUAAGAUAUCCGAUGCUCGUAAAACUUUCCCGGCCGUCUUAAGAGCUUUGAAAAGCAAAGCUGCUCGUUUAGCACUUUGCAUGGAAUUAUCGCAGCACGUUGUUGGAAAUAAGGCUAUGUUAGAACAUCAACAAUUUGAUCUAGUUGUACGAUUGAUGAAUUGUGCGUUGCAAGAUGAUUCGUCCAUGGACGAACAUGGUGUUGCUGCUGCGCUUCUUCCUCUUGCAACAGCAUUUUGCAGGAAACUUUGUACAGGAGUAAUACAGUUUGCUUAUACUUGUAUUCAAGAACAUCCUGUGUGGCAAAAUCAACAAUUUUGGGAAGAUGCUUUCUAUUUGGACGUUCAGAAGGACAUUAAACGAUUAUAUCUUCCUGGUGAGAAUUCUCCACCACGGCUCAUAAACGAUGGUAUUCUAAGUCCUAUUAGCCCACGCGACGGUAAAGAAUUUCCAUUUCGUGAUCGAUACUCGAUUUAUCAAAUUCAAGAACCAUCGGCCCUUGAAAUAGCUGCUGAACAAAUGAGGAUUUGGCCGACGAUUGACGCAGAAAAACAAAAGGAACUCAUAGCAAGCGAAGAGAGUACUAUGUAUAGCCAAGCAAUUCAUUAUGCGAAUAGAAUGGUUUACUUAUUGGUCCCGUUGGAUAUAGGAGCAAAGACUCACCGUCAGGAUAAUGUUUAUGACGACGAAAGAGCAAGUAAUAGUAUUACAAAUAGUGUAGCAAGCGACAGUGGCGAUGCAGAGUCUGGAUUUGAAGAAACUGAUCCCGGAGAAACUGGUAGCGCGGUUAUUCGGAUGGUUUCAAGAUUUGUAGACCGUGUUUGUACCGAAGGGGGUGUAAGUGCUGAACAUGUUAGAUGUUUACAUCAAAUGGUUCCUGGCGUUGUUCAUAUGCACAUCGAAACCCUCGAGGCUGUACAUAGAGAAAGUAAGAGAUUACCACCGAUACAGAAACCGAAAAUUUUAACACCCAACAUGUUGCCCGGUGAAGAAGUUAUUAUGGACGGUUUACGCGUUUAUCUUUUACCGGAUGGAAGAGAAGAAAGUUCUGCAGGAUUGCCAAAGAUACCACCGCUCUUGCCAGCCGAAGGGGCUAUUUUUCUUACUAAUUACAGAAUCGUAUUUAAAGGAAUCCCUUGUGAUCCAUUUGCUUGCGAACAGUUAGUGGUUCGAGCUUUCCCUGUAACGUCAUUAACUAAAGAAAAGCGUGUCGCUGUACAACAUUUAGCACAUUUAGAUCAGUGUUUACAGGAAGGAUUACAAUUACGUUCUUGUACUUUUCAAUUAAUAAAAUUAGCUUUCGAUGAAGAGGUUACACCUGAAAAUAUUGAAACUUUACGAAAAUUAGUUCAUAAAGCUCGCUAUCCACCACACAUCUUCCAUCAUUUCGCUUUCAAUGGUCAGGUGUUGGUUACUCAGACGGCGCACCAUAAAGGAAAAGAAAAGAAUGCCACUCUUAAGGGAUUCGCAAAGAAAACACUUUUAAAAACUGCACGUAAGGCAGGUUUUAAGCCAAAACAGUCAUCUAAAAGACAAAAGUACGUCUUGCCAAAUAUGAAUAUCAUUACUAAUAAUAAAUACAUGACAUCACCUGGUCGAAUGAGUUUACCAGUAACAGAUAACAAUGACUUGAGUCACGAUGAUGAUCUCAGUGUAGAUGAUUUUGAGAUUCCUGGUAUUGUAACUCAACCACCGACUGAUGCAAAAACAUUAGAACGAUUAUCAGAACGUAGUUACGUUAGAGAUUGGUAUCGACUGGGAUUAUAUUCAAAUGGACCCCACAAUAAUCGUAGAAACGAACCAUUUCGAUUGUCGUCUGUGAAUUGUGCCUACAUGAUUUGUAGAAGUUAUCCCGCGCUACUUAUAGUUCCUUCGUCAGUAUCAGAUGAAAGUAUUCGUAGAUUUUGUCGGCUUUAUAGACAUAAUAGAAUACCUAUCGUCACAUGGAGACAUCCAAGAACGAAAGCACUUUUAAUUAGAGGAGCAGGUUAUCAUGGAAAGGGUGUUAUGGGCAUGCUAAAAGCUCAUCCAGCAUCUGCUGGUAACUUAAAAACAACAUCUUCGGAAACGACAUCUUCUCUAGAACAAGAAAAGUAUAUUAUGGCUCUUGUAGCUGCAACUCCGUUAUCCGCGAUAAGGCAAGGUUCUGCAUGGGGAAUGUCUGACAGUUCUCUCAGUAUUGAUUCUUUAUUGUUAGCGGCUGAAGAUCGUAAUGCGACGCCUGAACAGUCGCGGCGAAAUCCAUUUAAUAAAGCAAUUGGAACAUUGAGUUCAUCAGGAGGUAAGGGCCCAAAGAACUUUGGUCGCUGGGGUUCGUUAAAAGAUAAAAGACAUAAUUCUCAAGCUUCUUUAACUUCAGUUCACCAACGUGGAACUGUGAGACAUUCUACAGAUUCGGAUAGUGGUACUGAAUGUGUUCAUACAUUUCAACGUGCCGCAUUAUACAUCCUGGGUGAAAAAGCACAUAUGAAAGGUGUUAAAGCGGAAUCUGCACCGAAAACAGAUUUCAUUCCAGUGGAAUACUAUGAUGUAAGACAUACCAAAGCUGCAUUUAAAAAACUUAUGCGAGCCUGUGUUCCUAGCUCUCCGAAUGUAGAGCCUGACCAAAGUUUUUAUAAAUUAAUCGAAAGUUCAGAAUGGUUACAGCAGCUUCAGAAUUUAAUGCAAUUAGCUGGAGCUGUUAUAGACUUAAUGGACGUACAAGGAUCAUCGGUGGCUGUUUGUUUAGAGGAGGGUUGGGAUACCACAGCAACAGUAUGUUCUGUUGCUCAAGUAUGUCUUGAUCCUCAGUAUAGAACUAUUGAAGGUUUUCGAAUUUUGAUCGAAAAAGAAUGGCUUGGAUUUGGUCAUAGAUUUGGACACCGUAGUAAUCUUGCAGCGAACUCACAAACUACAAACUUUACUCCUACCUUUCUUCAGUUCCUAGAUAUAGUGCAUCAAAUUCAAAAACAAUUCCCAUUAGCGUUUGAAUUUAACGAAUAUUACUUAAAAUUUUUGGCAUAUCAUUCGGUUUCUUGCCGUUUUCGUACGUUUUUAUUAGACUGUGAGUUUGAUAGAGUAGAAUGUGGCAUUACUGCCGUAGAAGACAAAAGAGGAUCACUGACAAGCCAUCACAAAGGUGUUGACACAGGUAGCGACGAUGAAACAAUUUACCCUGGAGGUAGAUUAGCAGGAACUAAUCAAGGAUGUAACCUUGGUCAAAGCAUAUUUGAUUAUAUCGAGAAACAACAUGCAAGGUGUCCCUUGUUCUAUAAUUUCAUGUACACGCCUAAUACUGAAAAUACGGUAUUAAGGCCUGUUUCACAUUUAUCAAGUCUCGAUAUUUGGCAAUACUAUUUAGAAGAAGAAUUGGCUCACGGGCCUGCAUAUGACUUAGAAGUAUUGCAACAAGACUCGCAACAAGAGGAGGAAGCAGAAGCUGCUGAUGGUGUGGUGAAAAGUAAUCGCAAAGUGGUUACACAAGGGUAUGACGGUGUGAGUUCAAUGGUACCCGAUCAAUUUUCCCAUCUUCUGGAAGAGAUUCAUAAAUUGGAAACUGAAUUAGGUCAUUUACCACAAAAGUGGAAAGUUCUUUGGGAUAAACUUGAAUUGCCAAAUACAGAUUCACUUGCUCGACAUGCUUCAUUCAGUACUGCAUUAGUUAGAUAUCAUGGUCGGUUGAUUCAUAAACGUUCAACAUUAGAAUUACUUUUGAGAGGUAAACUCGCUGGUGGUAAUACUUCUGGAAAUGAUGGUUCCGUUUAUGCACAUCCUCAUAGGUUCGAGAGAUUAGAUUCAGCAACGCCGACUCAUUGCGAUGCCUGCUCUGGUGUAUUAUGGGGUCCUGUAAAAGCCGGUUUGCGAUGUGUUGAUUGUGGUCAUGUAUGUCACGAUAAGUGUGCUGAUGCAGUACCAAAAAAUUGUACAAAAUAUAAGGCAGUAACUGAUAAUUUACAAACUCACACGCUUACACGAAGCGGCGGUGACAAUGGAAGUGUAAAUUCAAGUGUCGCUACAAUACAAACUUCUUCGCAACAAUAUUAUGAACAAUUCUCUAGUAAUGUUGCUGAAAAUAGAACACAUGAAGGCUACCUUUAUAAACGAGGUGCUCUACUUAAAGGUUGGAAACAAAGAUGGUUUGUGUUAGAUUCUAUAAAACAUCAAUUAAGAUAUUAUGAUGCAAUGGAAGAUUCUCAUUGUAAAGGAUAUAUUGAUUUAGCCGAAGUAGUAUCUGUAACUCCAGCUCAACCAAUGCCAGGGCCACCAAAGAAAACAGAUGAUAAAUCGUUCUUUGAUCUUCGUACAAACAGACGAACAUAUAAUUUUUGUGCUGGUGAUGCAGCAACUGCACAAGAAUGGAUUGAAAAAGUUCAAGCGUGCUUACAAUAGCUUGAUUAUAACUCUAAUUUAAAUUAUGCAAGUGACUGAUAGAUUAAAACAGAUUUUAAUUUUGUUACAUACUAUUGUAUAGUUUACUAGUAGUACGUAUUAUAGACUGCAGUAACAUUGCUUUAAAUAUUUUUAAAUCCAACAAUUGUUGGAUUGAAAACAGUAUCAUAAAUUGAAUGUGAUGUACUCAUAUCUUUGACGUAGCAUUAUUAUAUAAAUGUAUAUUGUAAUUGUAUAAUUACAUACGUUAAAUUUGAGUUAUUUCAACUGGAAGAUGAAAGAUCAGAAGAUACUCAAUUAAACGUUAAAAGUUUUUUUAUUUUUUGUAUUAUGUUUUUAAUUUUAAAUGCAUACAAAUAGAGCGUAAACUAUAUUAAAAUGUUAAAUGAAAUCAUCUAUUCUGAAAAUUACUACGAUAUUAUUGUUAGUAUAAUUACAAUUAUAACCGGAUAAGUAGCUACUUUGCUUGUUACAAAGAAUGAACGAACGUGAACGGAUACGAGAAGUCAUGUUCUUUUGAAAUCUCAUGUAAUAUUUGUUUAAUAACUCUGCUACGCUUAUCAGUAAAACUAAAAUUGAAAAA